AUCGUUUCAAGUCCAUCAAUGACGAUGGGUGACACGAUUUUUGAAGAAUUGGAAGAUUUGAUGCAUUUUUCUGUCCCCGAUUUGCCCGCUCGUGGAUAUGCCGUGAUGGAGGAGAUCCGACGACAAGGGAAACUCUGUGAUGUGACCUUAAAGGUAGGAGAGCAUAAAUUCAGUGCUCAUAGGAUAGUCCUUGCUGCUUCUAUUCCAUACUUCCAUGCCAUGUUUACCAACGAUAUGGUGGAAUGCAAACAGGAUGAGAUUGUCAUGCAAGGCAUGGACCCCAGUGCACUCGAAGCCCUAAUAAACUUCGCCUACAAUGGCCACAUAGCGAUAGACCAACAAAAUGUCCAAGCUCUGUUGAUAGGAGCCAGUUUCCUGCAGCUUCAGAACGUCAAGGAUGCCUGCUGUUCUUUCCUACAACAGAGGUUGCAUCCGAAGAACUGCCUUGGGGUGCGACAGUUUGCAGAGACCAUGAUGUGCACGACGCUUUAUGACGUCGCCAACAGUUUCGUCCACCAGCACUUUGUGGAGGUGUCCAUGUCGGAGGAGUUCCUGGCCCUCCGGCCGGAGGAGGUCCUUGAGAUUGUGGGAUGUGAUGAGCUCAACAUCCAAGCGGAGGAGCAGGUGUUUGAAGCCGUGCUGGCGUGGGUGAGGCACACACGUGAUGAACGAGAGUCGCGAUUGCCGGAGUUAUUGUCUAAAACUCGGCUGCCUCUUUGCCGUCCUCAGUUCCUGGCUGACCGAGUCCAACAAGAUGAGCUUGUGCGCUGCUGCCAUAAAUGCAGGGACCUUGUUGAUGAGGCGAAAGAUUAUCAUCUCGUUCCGGAGCGCAGACCCCACCUUCCGGCUUUCAAAACGAGGCAGAGGUGUUGCACGUCCAUAGCAGGCUUAAUAUAUGCAGUCGGGGGUCUCAACAGUGCAGGUGACUCAUUAAAUGUCGUGGAGGUGUUUGAUCCAAUUGGAAACUGCUGGGAGAGAUGCCAGCCAAUGAGCACAGCCCGAAGUCGAGUGGGUGUUGCUGUUGUUAAUGGACUUCUUUAUGCCAUCGGUGGUUACGACGGCCAAUCACGGCUUAAAACAGUGGAAGUUUACAACCCAGAAACUGACACGUGGACCAAAGUUGCCAGCAUGAAUACUCAACGGAGUGCAAUGGGAACAGUUGUGGUUGAGGGACAUAUUUAUGUUUGUGGUGGAUAUGAUGGCAAAUCCUCUCUAAAUUCAGUUGAAUGUUAUUCGCCAGAGACUGACAGAUGGACGAUAGUCACAGAAAUGAGCGCAAGCCGCAGCGCCGCCGGUGUGUCUGUGUUUGAAGGCAGAAUAUUUGUAUCAGGUGGUCAUGAUGGUUUACAGAUCUUUAACACAGUGGAGUAUUACAACCAGCAUACCUCUUUGUGGCACCCUGUCAAUCCCAUGAUGAACAAACGCUGUCGGCACGGGGCUGCAGCUUUGGGCAGCAAUCUUUAUGUGGCGGGAGGUUAUGACGGCUCUGCCUUUCUCAGUGGAGCAGAGGUGUAUAGCUCUGUAGCCGAUCAGUGGAGCCAUCUGGUGGCCAUGAACACUCGGCGCAGCCGCAUUUCCCUGGUGGCAAACUGUGGUCGACUCUAUGCAGUGGGAGGCUACGACGGACAGUCCAAUCUUAGCUCUUUAGAAAUGUACGAUCCGGAAACUAACCGCUGGACGUUUAUGGCGCCGAUGGUCUGCCAUGAAGGUGGGGUAGGGGUGGGCUGUAUACCCCUGCAGCCUGCGUAACCCCACAAUCUUCCUUAGCCCAAAAGGACGUUUUGCUUGUUUGAAAAUAGGUUUUUGUACGGAGUGAUCUAACAACAUGCAUUCAUGACCAUGAUGUCAUGACCACGCUUAACAUGUUUGCAUCAGGUACUUUUCAAGCUUUGAGACAAGCAGAUAUGCCAGUACACCUUUUGAUGGUGACAUAAUACAAUUCUGCUUUUGUUCUUUUGACUACCAAGUGAUUCAAUUUGAUUUUUUGCUAAUUCCUAGAAUUGGACUGUUUGUGUCUAAACACAUUUGGUAGUAAAAAAAGAAUAUAAAAGGAUCAUACAAAAAUGUGCUAACUGGGCAAAACAAGUCCUCAUGUUGAACUGAAGUAAGAUGACUGUUUCAGUGUUAACAGAUAAAUCUGGCAGCAUGAAAGUGUGGACAUAUUAAAGCAUUUUAUUGGGAUUUUAUGGGCUAUAUGCUAUUCCGCCUAAAGAGAAAGCUGUUUUAGAUUUAUAGACAGGUAAAAGUUGACCACUGUAAACCCAUAUGCCAUAAUUGGGAGAGUAUAAUCAAGUUUCAUUAAUAAGAAAAAUCUAAUUUAGUAAUUUUAUUAUAUUUUAUCAAGAAUGUUUAUUACAGAUUAAAAGAUCUAAACAUUUGAUUUGGGAUAUUGCCUGUAAUGAAUGUUGCUUUUUUUGCAGAACAUUGUGGACUGUCAUGUAUGUGCAAAACAUCUGCUAGAUGUGCCAUGACCCAUUUUCACUUUACGUGGGACCGUACGUAAAAAGUUUUGAUUCAAGACUUGAUUCACUUAAACCUUAAGAGAAAAACAGUAUUUCUCCAUCAGGUUUAGUUAGAAGUGUGUGAUCUUAAACUUGGUGGAACCGAUCACCAGCUCUAUAUCGUCCUUGCGUUAUAACUAAUUAUGAAAUGCGUGUGUUGAGAGACCCAUUUAAUGCUUUCGGCUUUUUAAAAUGGUAUUUUUUCAGUAUUUGUGAGAAUCAGCACACAUACCAAAAACAAGCAUAGUGAGAUUACAUUCACUGACAGUUGGAGAGAACUCUUGUGCUUUCAGGAUCACUCAUUAUUGUGGCAUCAGGUCCUCUUGGAAUAACGGUUGUGGAUUAUACGAGAUGCAAAUUCACAUUCCCCAAUUUUUAGGUAUUGUUCAAAUUUGUGUUUCACAACAGAAAGGGACUGACUGCAUGUACGUCCGUUUUUAAAGUUUUGUCUUUAGAUAAGACUUUCUUUGACAUUACUGAUAUUUUCUUUUAUUACCAGCACUCCAUCUCUGUUGAUUCCAUUUCCUGAUUUCUUUUGUAUUAACAUUCAAAUAUGGUGCAGUAUUUCCUAAUCUUGUUGUUUUUUUAUAUCUCUGAGUAUGACUUUAACUUAUUGUUUGCUGAUUUUUCUUUUUAUAGCAUUGCACAUAGUCGCUCUUUCGCAGAAAUGAGAAUCAAGUUUACGUUUUACAGAAAUCUAAUAUAUAUGUGUGUGUGUGUGUAUAUAUAUAUAUAUAUAGGUCAGUGAAUCUCUUCGGUAUGUGUUGAAUAUUCUUCUGCUACCUCUGUGUGAGAUGGGAGAGCUCAACAGGGACAAGAAUACAGUUGCCCUGUGACUUAAAAAAAAAAAAUUUAACCUGAAGGAACUUAGGCAUUAACUGAUUCUUUUGUGUCGGACUAAAACAUGCUUUUUCAAGUAAUUCUUAAUGUCUUAAAUAAACAUUGAUUUUAUGGA